CUCACGCGAUCCAACUUGCAAAGUGCUGGUCAAUCACUUCCACCUUGCCUCUAUCCAACCCAGCGCUUUGUUUCAAAAAAAGUGCAAGCACGCCUCAUCCUAGUCUGCACAUCAUCAUGAUACGCAUUAGGCAUCCUCAAGGCACCUCCACACUGCACUUGGCACAGGUCAAAACAUUGCAAGACUUGCAAAAAAGCAUCAGUGAAAGCUGUGGAAUCCCAGCUUGGGAUCAAGAGCUCCGGACUGGAUAUCCCCCACGCCCGCUUAGCGUUUCCACCCUUUCACCCGGCACACUGCUUAGCCAUGCUGACAUUGCUUUGACGGCCGGAAGUCAGCUCACAGUGUCGUACAAGCCUGCAACCUCAUCCACGCCCAACCGAAGUGCCCACACGAUCCCAGACACUACGUCGUCGGCUAGCUCGAGCCAGAGCGCCGCCGCAGCGGCUCCUAUCGCAGAUAGAUCGUUCACUGCUGCACCUUCGACGCCCUUGCCACAAGCCUUCGGCAAUCCAGCAUCCGCAGCGCCACCCGCCUUGAAGCCAAAGCCGCCGGCCAGUUCUGCCAGAUUUGGCGGGGCAACGACGCCACGCGCGGAAUCAAGUCGGGCACCGCUCUCAUCAUCGGCAUACACCGGUUCGCCGACAGCAAAGAAGAGCGCCAAGGUAGCUGAUGGGGAGGUUCACGUCCCGCUCGAUGGACAAGCUUUGACGCUUAAAGUUGUGGACGAUGACAAUAGCUGUCUGUUCAAUGCUGUCAGCAUGCUGGUGAAGGGCACCAUUGGAGCUGCUGUCUGUAAAGAGCUUCGGCAGAUCGUGAGCUCUGUCGUCCUGUCUUCCCCGGACGAAUAUCCAGAGGUGAUCUUGGGACACGACCCAGCGGUAUACGCUGCCAAGAUGCUAGAUCCAAAGACGUGGGGAGGUGCCGUGGAGCUUUCCAUCCUAUCAAAGCAUUUUCAGACCGAGCUGCACGCUGCUGAUGUAGCGAGUGGAGUUGUGCACCGAUUCGGAGAAGGCAUGGGCUUCGAAGAGCGAGCGUGGUUGUUGUACAGCGGCAUCCAUUACGAUGCUAUAGCGCUACUGCCCACUCCGGAUGCCCCCUUGGAAUUUGGCACUUUGAGAUUCCCAGUGCCACCAGUGGGCGUCGAAGAUGUCGUUCUCGAAGCGGUGCAAGAUCUCGUCUCUGUUCUGAAGAAAAGGCACUACUACACCGAUACAUCGACAUUUGCUCUGAAGUGCAAUCGGUGCCAGACACCACUGCAGGGCCAAAGGCAGGCUACGGAGCAUGCCAAGCAGACUGGACACACUGAGUUUGUGGAAAACGAGUGA